GCCCGCGCCCCCAGUCACUGCGCGCAGCCGGCUGGGGAGUUGGGUGCCACCUCACUGUCGAGGUCUCUGCUCCCUGCUUGCUCUGCCUGUUCCCUUGCUCGCUUGCUUCCCCUCGCCUCGGGGGAAGGGUCAACGGCGUCCUGGAGCCUCCGUGUCACUCUCCAACAGCCAUGAACUGCAGCGAGAGCCAACGGCUGCAAACCCUCUUGAACCGCCUGCUCCUGGAGCUGCACCAUCGGGGCAACGCCAGCGGCCUGGGUGUCGGCCCGGGCCCGAGUAUGGGCAUGGGGGUCGUGCCUGACCCCUUUGUGGGCCGCGAGGUGACCAGCGCCAAGGGCAACGAUGCUUAUCUCUACAUCCUGCUCAUCAUGAUCUUCUACGCCUGUCUAGCUGGAGGCCUCAUCCUGGCCUACACCCGCUCCCGCAAGCUCGUCGAGGCCAAGGAUGAGCCACCUCUGGCCUGCGUUGCUGAGCAGGAAUGGGUCCCCGCCGCCUCCGCAGACCCGGAGAAUGGCCAGGGCUUGCUGGCUGAGGGCGGCCGCCAGAUCGCACCGGGGGCGCUGCCUGCCAUAGCCCAGGGCGCUGAGCGGGUCUAGAUCCACUGCCCUCCUCAUUUUGCUUAUCUCUGGGCCUGGCUUCCGCUCUUUCACUGUCCUGAUUUCAGAUCUUGCUUUACCAGGGGCCCAGAUGAUGAUGAGAGGUCAGAACACCUUCAAGGCAAGGCCCUGGGAGGAGAUGCAUCGUCUUACUCACACCUGACCACUUUCUCCCCUCCCUUCCAUGCCUGCACCCCUACCCUGCACAUGCAACUGAAUUAAAUUGCCUCUGCUCUCUUGUCUUCAGCCAGCCCCAACACCAUGCUCCAGCCUUCUGGGAACAGAAUCCAGCACGUCCAACACUUGGCAUUGAAUCGAAGCAAUGAAGUCUAGCAGAACUCUGGACCGUCUAACUGGCAGCUGCUCCAGGGGCUGCCAAGGACUGCUCACUCUGCACAGCUAAACGGGUUAGCCAUCACUGCCAGGCCGGCUGCAGCAGCUCCGGCUUUCUGUUGCCCUGGGGACAGAGACAAAGAACAUGAAGAGACUUCAGACAUCUUUUCCUUCUCUCUCUCUUCAGCAGGCUAUUAGGGAGACACUAUUGUGGGAUAGAAUGGACUGAAGGGGAGGGAAGGUUCAAUGGGAAAGGAAGAUCUAUGGCCCCAGGGGUAUGGUGUUCUGGUCUCCCUGUCCUCCUAAUUGUCAUCCCAAAGGUCUGAGCAUUAGCAAUUUGGACAUCUGGCUUGGAUAAUCAUUACUAGUUGCUUAGCCUUAAUGAUUCCAAAUGCUUCUCUUAUAUUGAUUCAGUUAUUACUGCAGUGUGUGCUUCAUUCAGUAUGAGGCUUAGUCAUCCCCAGCUCUGUAACCCUGGGGAAUGUUACAGGCAGGUAAUAAAGGUUGUUAAACAGUAA